AUGUCUCUCUCUAAGCUUCCAGAAGCUUUCGGGUUUUCUGAAUUAACAAAAGGAUACUUUCCCCACCUUUUUAACACUGUUAAAAACCAAAAUUACGUUGGGUCUAUACCUCCCAUUGAAUAUUAUAAUUCAGAUAGUUUAAAAGAGGAAGACCGGGAAAAACUAUUAAAGUGGCAUGCUGAAAGAGUUGCAGUUAAUUAUGUGUGGGAUUUUCAAAAAGAAAUCGUUAACUACUGCUUGUCAGAUGUUGAUAUAUUGACACGGGCAUGUCUGAAAUUUAGAGAGCUUAUGUUGAAAGAAUCUAAUGUAUGCCCUUUUCUGGAAGCAACAACAAUAGCAUCGAGUUGUAACAAAGUGUUUCGACGCAAUUUUCUUAAACCAAAUACCAUUGGAAUAAUUCCCAAGCGAGGGUAUCGUUGGCAGGAUAAUCAAUCCACUAUAGCUAUUAGAUGGUUGAUUUGGGAAGGAAAACAAAGAAAUAUAAAUAUUCAACAUGCAGCAAAUGGUAAGGAGGCCAGAAUUGCUGGAGUGAAAGUCGAUGGAUAUAGCGAGGAAACCAGACAAAUUUUCGAAUUCGAAGGUUGUUAUUACCACGGCUGUCCUCAAUGUUUUACGCAUCAAAGAGAUGUGCCUCUACCAGAUUCACCCACUGAGACAAUGAAUUUGAGAUAUGAAGCUACUGUAGCCAAAAAGGAACGCUUACGAUUUCUAGGAUAUGAGUUAAGUGACAUAUGGGAGUGUGAAUUUAAGCGUCUACUCGCUGAAAACAAGGAUAUGCGAGAAUAUACUGAAGCUCAUCCGCUUAUGUUGCAAACACCACUCGAUCCUAGAAUGGCAUUUUACGGAGGAAGGACGGGAAAUGUUUCAGAAUAUUACAAAGUUCAGAACGAUGAACAAAUUAAGUAUAUUGAUAUUCGAUCGUUAUAUCCGGCGAUUUGUAAAUAUGGAAAAUUCCCUGUUGGUCAUCCAAAAGUUUAUGUAGGCGAUGAAUGUCCAUCGUUAACUACAGUUUCGGGGGUUGUAAAAUGUAGCGUGUUGCCUCCUCGAGAUCUACUACAUCCAGUUCUACCCCAAAAAAUGAACAACAAAUUGAUGUUUGUUCUUUGUCGUGAGUGUGGAGAAAAUCUCAAUACUAAAGAAUGUGUACAUUCUGAUGAGGAGCGAGCGUUAACAGGUACGUGGGUAAUAGCAGAAGUAAAUAAAGCUCUUGAGAAGGGUUAUAAACUUUUAAAAAUGUAUGAGGUUUGGGCAUAUGAUACAAUUCAGUUCGGAAAUAAUGUUGCUGGUCUAUUUACCGAAAUGAUGAAUUGUUUUAUUCGACUGAAGCAGGAGUCUAGUGACUGGCCUAAACAUUGUCGAACACAAGCCGAAAAAGAGAAGUAUAUUGAGAGGUUUUUCGAACGGGAAAAUGUCAAAUUGGAGUUCUCACAGAUCAUUGACAACCCAGGACUACGUUCAUUAGCUAAACUUAUGCUUAAUAGCUUCUGGGGUAAAUUUGGACAGAGACAGAAUCAGUCCCGGACUAGUAUUAUUAACAAUCCUGCAGAAUUUUUUGGUAUGAUGUCAAACCCAUCAUUAUAUAUAAAUACGGUACUCCCUGUAAAUGACACCACAAUAAUUGUUAAUUGGGAGUAUAGAGAGGAGGCUUCCGAAUCUUUGUCCACAGUCAACGUGGUAAUAGCAGCUUUCGUUACUACUUUGGCGCGUCUUAAGUUAUAUAGUUACCUUGAGAAAUUAGAAGAUAGAGUUUUGUAUUAUGAUACAGAUUCGGUAAUAUACGUAUCACGACCCGGGGCACUCGACAUACCAACAGGUGAGUUUAUUGGUGAUAUGACCGAUGAACUCGAGAAGGAAGGGUCUGGUUCGUAUAUAACUGAAUUUGUGUCGGGUGGGCCUAAAAACUAUGCCUACAAAGUAUGGUCAACUAAAGAUCAAGAUUUUAAAAUUACUUGUAAAGUUAAGGGUAUAUCUUUAAAUCACUCUACUUCUCAACAAAUUAAUUUUAAUUCCAUCAAAGAGAUGGUUUUGAACCCUUGUGAGCCCAUUCAAAUAAUUUCUAAGGAGAUUAGAAGGACGAAAGAGCAUAAUAUAGUAACAAAAGACAAUGUUAAAAAAUAUAAACCAAAUUCUCUCAAACGAAAAUUUCUUCCUGAUCAUAAUUCAGUACCUUUUGGUUAUAAAAAGUCAAAAGAGUAA